UCAAAGUCAUCCUCUUAGAAAUUCAUGUUCCCUGUUUUCCCUUGAUUCUAUAUAUGUAAGUAUCACAAAGAAAGUAAAUACAAGCACCCAUCUCGCUCUAUAUCCUUCUAGUUUUCUGUGAUAUUGUGAUUUGUGAACAAAUUUCUAUUACUAUUUGUUGUUCAACUGGAGCAGUUUUUCAAUUGAGCCAUUCUUUGAUCUUCCAAAUUUCACUCACCAAGUGUUAUCAUGGCAAAUUUUGGAACUACACAGAGGAUACCAACCUCCUCAACACCUUCAUCCACUGUAGACACUCAUGAACCAAAAGAACCUCAUGAAAAGAUGCACAGUGAUUUCAAAAUCUCUUGCCCCUUUAACAUUCCUUUGACAGCAGAAGCUGCAUCAGUUCGCAUUAUAAAAAACUUGGUGAAUUUGGGGUUAUAUUACACACUCUUUGUGUGGAUCAUACUCUUCAUAACCCUCAUCCCUCAACGUAAGGUGUCCUUGAUUCUGUUGGUUAUCAUGACAUAUGUGACAACCCUUUAUCUUUUACUGCUAAGGGCAUACCCCAAUUCUGUUGUGCUUCAUAGAAUCAUAGAUAAAAGGUUUGUGUUGACUUUGUUAGCAGUUGCAACUGCAGUGCAGUUGAUUUUGACUGAAGCAGUUAUUCAUCUUGCAGUGACUUUAGCUUGUAGUAUACCUCUUGUUUUGAUUCAUGCAGUUUUAUGGGUUGGUUUUGAGGCCUUUGAGAUUGAGGACGCUUCUGUUACAGGAGAACUUGUUCCUCUUGCUGGCCAUGAUGAAAGUGGUGCUGGGAACUCAGAUGCUGUUUGAUUUUAUUUACAUCCUGAACUUUUCUACAACAAUGUAAAAGAAAAAAAAAACGAUAUGGAUGUUAUAAAACAAUGCAGAUAGAUAGAUGUAAUGUUUGUAAGGAGCAUGAAUACAUGUACCAAGUAUGUCUGCAAUUAUGUUUGAAUAAAACUUGAGGAAAAAGUGUUAAGUUCUAUUUUCUUUCCCCUUAGAUUUUAAGUGUAACUAUUGAAAUAUGUUUUCUCCUAACAUUUUGAUUAAUCACAUUACUCUUUCAAGGUCAAUUGCAAAUUGUAGAACCAAUUAUU